GGUCGAGUAGGCGUGGCACACAGCUGUGCUCAGUAAAUAAGUGAAUGAAUGAAGAGGCAUCAAGAGGGUGUUUCUGGCGCCACAAAUCUCGUCCGCGGCGCUAGGAGAAAAGAGAAACGCUCCCGCAGCCACUAGAGUCCGGUGGUGAGGCCCAAUAGCCCCGCCCCGCGAGCCUGAACCUUUUACGUCAUCAACUCGGCGCCAGCGCUGCGGAGGGCCCGGGGGCCUAUCCUGGGUGUGGCGCCACCUUGGGGAGGCCUUGGCGGACGCCUGCAAGUCAACUGCUUGGUUCGGGGGCGGCUCGGAAACCACAGCUGACCGUGACGAGGGGCGCGUGGAGCCGUGGGGACACGAAGUCGGGCGGCAGGAGAGGCGGCCCGGAGCUCAGGCAGGGCACAGCGCCGGCAAGCGGGCGCUGGCGGGGCUGCCCGGCGCGGGUGUCCCGGCGAUGUGUGGCGCUGAAGCGGCAGCGGGAGCAGCGGCGGCGGCGGCGGUGGGCUCGGCCUCGGCUUCGCGGCGGUGCCGGCGGCGGAGGCGGAGGCGCAGGCUCCUACUCAGGACCUGGCGAACCCGGGCCUAAGCGGCGGCCCCGCGAGGCCCCAGCACAUCGCCCCGGAUCGGGGCCUUCCCCGCCUCGCCCUGCCCCGGGAGCCUGCCUCCCCGGCCGGGGAUGAGGCCGGGAGGCGGCCGCGCGGGGCCCAGCACAAAGGCUUGUUCCCGGGGGCCGCUGCCGCCGCCGCCCCCAGCCUAGAGCCGCCCGCCGAGGCCGAGCCGGCGCCGGGGCCGUCAUCCCCGCAGGUCCCCGGGGGCGGCUGCUGCCCGUCUCCCCGAGACCCAGGGCCCCGAGCGCUGAGCCCCUUGUUCCUUCGGCUGCGGCGGGAUCCGGCAGCUGCGCAGCCUCCGCUGCUCCCGGCCGUGCGGGCCCCGCGGAGUAUGUGGGAGGAGAGCGACAUGGAGAAAGCCAUCAAGGAAACCUCCAUUUUAGAGGAAUACAAUAUCAAUUGGACUCAGAAGCUGGGAGCUGGAAUUAGUGGUCCAGUUAGAGUCUGUGUGAAGAAAUCUACCCAAGAACGGUUUGCACUGAAAAUUCUUUUUGAUCGUCCAAAAGCUAGAAAUGAGGUACGUCUGCACAUGAUGUGUGCCACACACCCAAAUAUAGUUCAAAUCAUUGAAGUGUUUGCUAACAGUGUACAGUUUCCUCAUGAGUCCAGCCCCAGGGCUCGACUCUUAAUUGUAAUGGAGAUGAUGGAAGGGGGAGAGCUAUUUCACAGAAUCAGCCAGCACCGGCACUUUACAGAGAAGCAAGCCAGCCAAGUAACAAAGCAGGCAACUUUGGCUCUACAGCACUGUCACUUGUUAAACAUCGCACACAGAGACCUCAAGCCUGAAAAUCUGCUCUUCAAGGAUAACUCUUUGGAUGCCCCAGUGAAGUUGUGUGACUUUGGAUUUGCCAAAAUUGACCAAGGUGACUUGAUGACACCUCAGUUCACCCCAUAUUAUGUAGCACCUCAGGUACUGGAGGCACAGAGAAGGCAUCAGAAGGAGAAAUCUGGCAUCAUACCUACCUCGCCAACACCCUACACUUAUAACAAGAGCUGUGACUUGUGGUCCCUAGGGGUGAUUAUCUACGUGAUGUUGUGCGGAUACCCUCCUUUUUACUCCAGACACCACAGCCGGACUAUCCCAAAGGAUAUGCGGAGAAAGAUCAUGACAGGCAGUUUUGAGUUCCCAGAGGAAGAGUGGAGCCAGAUCUCAGAGAUGGCCAAAGAUGUUGUGAGGAAGCUCUUGAAGGUCAAACCAGAGGAAAGACUUACCAUCGAGGGAGUGUUGGAUCACCCCUGGCUCAACUCAACUGAGGCCCUGGAUAAUGUGCUACCCUCUGCUCAACUGAUGAUGGAUAAGGCGGUGGUUGCAGGAAUCCAACAGGCCCAUGCAGAACAGUUGGCCAACAUGCGAAUCCAGGACCUGAAAGUCAGCCUCAAACCCCUGCACUCUGUGAACAACCCCAUUCUAAGGAAGAGGAAAUUACUCGGCACCAAGCCAAAGGAUGGUGUUUAUAUCCACGACCGUGAGAAUGGAGCCGAGGAUUCAAAUGUUGCCUUGGAAAAGCUCCGAGAUGUGAUUGCUCAGUGUAUUCUCCCCCAGGCUGGUAAAGGAGAGAAUGAAGAUGAAAAGCUGAAUGAAGUAGUUCAGGAAGCUUGGAAGUAUAACCGGGAAUGCAAACUCCUAAGAGAUACUCUGCAAAGCUUCAGCUGGAAUGGAUUGGAGUUGCUGGUUCAUGGGGAUAUUCAUCUGUUUAGCUUCAGUAGGUACUGCCACCAGUUUUCCAAAGUGGUUGUACCACUUUAUACUUCCACUAGCAGUGUUUGAGGGUUCUAGUUAUUCUAUAUCCACACCAACCCUUGCUAUUGUCUUUUUCAUUUUAGUCAUUCUGAUUAAUAAGUACUACUGGUAUUGCGUGUCAUUUUACUUUGCCUUUCCCUGAUGACUAUGAGCUUAAGCACGUUUUAAUGUUUAUUGGCCAUUUAGAUUUUGUUAAGUGCCUAUUCUUUUGCCCAUUUUUCUGUUGAGUUGUAUCUCUCUUAUAGAUGUGUAGGAGUUCUUUAUAUAGUCCGGAUAUGAGUUCUGUUGUCGACAUACAUAUCACAAAGAACUUCUCCCUCUUUGUGGUUUCUUGCUGUGCUGUUGUACUGAACAUUGGAUUUUUACGGCCAGGUUAAUAAGCUGCUCAGUUCUACUUGAAAAAUGGGGGAAUUGAACUGCUUUUGAUCAGUGUUGGUGAUGGUUCCUCCAUGGUGAGGGUGAAUUUGACACUGGUGAGAUGUACCAUAUUGGGUCCCUGUCAAGAAUCUUAUCACCUCCCAAACAGUUUGGAGACUGACCUUUUUCUUUUUUGGGUUUCAGGUCGUGGAUUCACAGAUAAAGUAGAUCGACUAAAACUGGCAGAAAUUGUGAAGCAAGUGAUAGAAGAGCAAACCACAUCCCACGAAUCCCAAUAAUGACAGCUUCAGACUUUGUUUUUUAACAAGUUGAAAAUUUAUUCAUUAAUGUAUAAAGUAAUUUGUAUGUAAAUUAAUAAAUCAUAAUUUCAUUUCCA